CAGAGAUUGAAGGAUUAUAACAAUUUUGAAAUCAACUCUUUUCUUUUGAUGACUAAUAUUUCGUUUACAUUUUAAAUUCAAACUUAAAUAUAGUUCGCUAGCUGUGACAACUAAAUGACUUGUGAAAACGUAGGGAUUUUAGUAAAAGCAUUUUUUAUAUAUAAUAAAAUCGAUGCAGAAGUAUUGGUUUCGGUGUAGUAUUUUUAAAUUGCUCUUGUGUUUUUAACGUAAUUCUUUUUUUCGAUAGGUUAAAAAAGGAGAAUAUGUUGGGUGUGUUCUGUGUUUAGAUGGAUGUGCUUUAAAGGAUGAAAUAUAAGUGUUUUAAGCCUUCAAAAGAGAAAGUAGAUUUUUCAACCAGGAAGUUAUUUGCUUCUGAAUAUAAUUCAGUGAAACAUGUACUUGAAUGAAGAUGUAGUGAUGACUAUGAAACAUCAGGUUGACCAAUAACAAUAACUCAAAUUAAACUUUCACAUUAAAGAAAGUUUUGGUUGAACUCAUUAUAUGUUGAACCUUCCUUAUCAUAUGACAUGGCAUCAAAGCAGAUUCAGUGUGAAAUGUGCGGUAAUGAAAAUGCAGUUGGAAAUUGCAAAAGUUGCGGAUACGUUGGUGAAACUUGUAUUGAUAUUCACAAGACAGUAAAGGUUUUUUCAAACGCAUACUGUGAUUAUGCACGAGGCUGUUGAAAUGCAUGGGUAUGGAUCAGAAAAUCCAAAUCUCAUAUUGCGGGACAUCACAGAAGAAAAGUGUAAGCAGCAUCCGACUGAGAAGGCUAUAUUUCUAUGUAAUAUUCAUGAUUCCAUGAUUUGUGGCCGAUGCCUUCAUUCGGAACAUAUUCCUUGUGCAAAAGACGUCGUUGACUUGUUGCAUGAAGUAGUUAACAUUGACUGCGGUAAAGUUAACACAAUGAAGUCAUUAUUGAAAGAGGUAAAACAUGAAGUUCUGCUUUUAAAAGAUGAAGCAGAACACAGUAAGGAGUGCUACAAAACUAAUGCUGAUAAAUGCGUGCAAGUAUGUAUGGAAUUAGGAAAUAAAAUUAAACAACGUGUAGAUGAACUGACAAUUGGCAUAAGAGACGAGAUAACGGAGAAACAUAACGAAAACUUGACCACCCAUUCCCAUAUUACUAAAAUAUGUGAUGAAAAAACCAAGUGGUGUGACGAUGAAGAAAGUAAAAUUGACGAUUUUGUUGACAAUAAUAUGGCUGGACACUUGUACCUUAUGAGCAGACAUUUUGAGAAAGAGGUCUCGGAUGUCAGAUCCCAGCUCAAAGAAAUCAAACACAAACAUACUUUUAAAGGGUUCGACUUCAAAGAAAACAAUGUUAUACUAAAAUGCCUGUUUGAGGAUUUGGAGGAAGUUUGUGAACAACAAGACGAAGUUACUGGGAGCGACGAUGGAAGUGCCAACGAUGUUUGCGCAUCCACUACCAAAAUAAAAAAGACUCGACGGGAGCUCACUGCACUGUUGAGUCAAAUCAAACAAGACUUAGAUCAAUCUGAAAAGACAAGGAAUGCACUUUGUGAUGAGCUGAAACGAGUGAAACAAGACAAAGAUAAUUCAGAAAAGAAAAGAAAAUUACUCGAACAAGAAUUACUGAAAGCGAAACAGGGCAUAGAGGAAUCUGAAAAGACAAGGAAGGGGUUUGAACAAGAGUUACUGAGGGCGAAACAAUGCAUAGAGGAAUAUGAAAAGUAUUCAAAGAACAAAUUCGACUUCUGAAAGACAGCACCAAGUGUAAGUUAACUUAAAACAACUACGUAUUGUACAGGUAUCAACACAUAAUUUAAGGGACAAUGCAUUACAAAAGAAUAUCCGUAGUAAGUAUUUCAUAAUGAUAUUAAUUACAUUAUUAUGUAUCAUUCAUUGCAUAGAUUUGUGUCAAAAGUUGCGAAUAUUAGGUUGAAUUUCAACUGGUAUGUGCUUAAAGCACAAAGAGAUGAGGUGUAUCUUACCUCCCGGGACUAAUUAUUGAAUUGUGAUCAAAUUCGUUAUGGAGCUAACAUUUAUGAAAGUAAUUUUGCUUUUAAGGGACUCAACCAACUGGAACAGUUGAGGUCAAGUACAGCCAUGAACCUUUAAGUCUUCCUGUCAUCAAUUUGAGUUUUACAUUCCCGGAUGGCAUUCAGACGAGGGUGGACGACAUAUGAUUUAUACACACUUACAUUGAAAGCGGAGCUGUCAGCCAAAGGUAUCACAGAAGCGAGCAUAGAUCAGACGGAGGAGCUGUACGAGACCUUAACAGUUGAGGGUCGGUAACCUGCAUUAGUGUUAUGUUGUCGAAAUACUACCUCUAAAUGAUUAAGUCAUAUAUUAAAAACAAAACUAUCAUGCUGGUGUUGUAUCUGACAUGGUAUGUCAAUCUAGAAUCUUUCUACCAACAAUCGAGAUUGCUCUUGUGCAUUUAGUGAACAUUGUUUUGAAAUGUUUGUCUAAAAGAGGGAUUUUGAA